GAAAUAAGUUGAUAUGGCGACAUCUGCGUUACAAUAAGGUGGUCGGCAUCCACUAAAGACAAUGAAACCUCUAGCCCGAAUAUCUGGCUUAUUCCUUCAAGCAAAAUAGACGUGAAAUGCCUUUUUCAAAAACCAUUUUCUUUGGGGAAAAAAACAUGUAAUGAUCUUAUUGAUCAUUUCUUUGAAACAUAUGGGCGUUUUCGCCAUAAUAAAAGGCUGGUACCAUAGGCCUUUACUAGUAACAAAUCAAGCAUGCCAAACUUGCUAAACACAUUAUUAAAACGUAUUAAAAUCACUUGUAGGUGUACACUUUAUCAUUAUAUCAGAUCACAGUGUUAAAGUAUACUCAAAUUCUAUUUUGCUACUGCCAAAAAUUUGUCACGACUUCUAUUUUAAAGAGUAACUCCCGUCGAUUCACUAUGAUUGGGUUGUCAUUUUUGCAUUGACAACGAGUAAUGUUUGGGUCCAGCGGCGGUUGUCAGUAGGACGCUGAUCAAGUUUGCCGGUUUGCGGAAUUUUGCAUUUGUUGGUCAGUAUUUAUGCGGGAUAAAAUAUUUCAAUCCGAUAAUUCAAAUAUCCACCAGGUUUUCGUGUUUCGUAAUUCACCCAUGGCCAUGGGAAUUCGCUAAUCAUGUUUGAUUGUAUUGGCAACUGUGUUCUUAUUUCUUAAAUGAUAAUUCAAGCUCGUGGAUCGCCUGCUGUUCCUGGCUUUCGUCAAUUUUCGCUUAUCUUCAUGCUUCAUGACUGCACGUUAAAAUUUGUUUCAUCAUGCCUCAAGCGAAAAGUGCAAAAACUUUAUUGGAACUGUCGAUAGCAUAUGUUGUACAAAGCAUGGACCAGUGGUCAUGGAAGCCCAUCGAGCUCUUAGACAUGUCAGAUUCAGAUCUAGUUUCAAGUCCUUUACAUCAGCUGCCUCUGUGUGUUAUGGAGAAAAUCGUGCAUUAUCUCCACAUGAACCAAUUGCUGACUAAACACUUAAAAUGGGUUAUUACAUCUGAACUAAAUGAGCUUCUAUUAAUCUCACGUGAUGAAAAAGAGAUUCAUGUACAACUCAAACAUGCUUCUAUCCAAUGCCCACUACUGAAAAAAUUGAAAUUUGAAGAAACUUGGAAAUUUCUUGAUAUCGAAACAUCCAUAGUGCAAUUCCUUCCUAAAUUCCAACAAUUAGAGGUAUUGGAAAUUGCAAACACUUCUGUGAGAGACAAUAGCUUAGAAGUUUUUGGAACUUAUUUCAAACAUCUAAGGGAGCUGGAUGUGAGUCACUGUCUAGGUGUGACAGACAACGGAAUUCAAAGAUUGUGUGGUAGUGCCCACCAUUUGGAAGAGGAAAGUAGAAGAAAAGAUUAUGUAUGGUGGGAUUAUGGGAAGUGUAAAGGUAUUCAGAUAUUGCGCGUCAAGGGAACUAACGUUACCAAGAAAGGAAUUCGAAUCGCUCUUCAAAAUCUGCCUUCCUUGAAAGUUUUAAGUCAUAAGUUAGUUGUAGAAGUCUUGAGUAACAUUCAUCAUCAUCAAUUAGCGCUUGAGAGUAACCUGCCCGUAAUCCCCAAAUAUUCCUUAAUUGAAAUCGCUGUCGCCCGUCCGUACACACAUGGAAGCUUAGGCUUAGCGCUCCUUCUUUGCCCUUCAAUUAUCAAGGUCAAGAUUAAGGGUAUUAGUAAUUUUCUUGAUAGUGACUUGUUAGAAUUAUUGUCACUUGCUAAUCUUUGUCACCUAAAUAUAUCUGGUCGUUUUGUAACAUUUUGUGAUGGAGUGAUCCCAUUGCUAAAGGCUAAUGGAAAUCUUCUCGAGAGCCUGAAACUGAAACAUUUCUCUGAUGUCGACAUUCAUUCUAUCAUUGAGUUAUGUCUCAAUCUCAAUUCGCUUACAAUUGACCAUUGUGAGAUUCCCAUUCCUGUUGAAGAUCCAAACAAUUCUGUGCGUCGGAAACGAUUCAAAAUCGAACAACCAAUUUUAAGAAAACUUGAAGUAUUGCGUCUAUUCUUUUCGUCUUUUCAAUUCAAUGCCGAAUCCCUACUUUUGCAGCUCUUGUCAUCGCCUUCACUCAGGAUUCUUGAAAUUGUUGUUUGUAUUGAACUUACGGAUAGCAUACUUGAAAGAGUUGUGUUGCUUCAUCAUUUCCAAAAUUUGAAACAUUUAAAAUUAGCUUUCUGUGGUUCUCUGACCAAAAAAGGAAUUGAUUUUUUGAUGAAUGAAAACAACUCAAUCAAUAGCAUGGAGUUGGAAAUUAACGAGAGCUCUCUUAUUACAACUGAGAACCUAAAUGAAUGGAAAGAGAAAAGCAAACAGAAAAAUUGGCAAUUUAACCUAACUAUUAGGAAUUAUCGAGACUAGUUGUUCAUAAUUGGUGAGAUUUUGUUUUUAAAUGUUCUCCCUUUUCAUUGUGUUCACUUGAUAUAUUCCCUAAGCAUGUUCUUUGGUGUCAUAAACUCAUAAUGUUGAGGCUAGAAAAUAAAUCACCCAAUUUUGAAA